AUGAGAGCUGUUAUCAUGACUCUGACUAUAGCCCUUGUGGGUAAUCAACAUUUUGUGCCUUUAGUACCUGUGUUGGCAGGUACUCAGACCUAUGUGUACAAAUAUGAGGCUUUGCUCUUCACUGGUCUUCACCAAGAGGGUCUGGCCAAAGCCGGGAUCAAGAUCAACACCAAAGUGUUCAUUAGUGCUGUGUCUGAAAAUACAUACUUGUUUAAGCUUUCACAUGUUCAGUUUUUUGAAUACAGUGGAAUCUGGCCUACAAAUGCUUUUUCUCCUACAAAGCUCACAUCAGCACUUGCCACUCAGCUGCAGAUUCCCAUAAAGUUUGAGUACAAAAAUGGUGCGGUUGGAGGAAUAUUCGCUCCUUCAGAAGUUCCAACCACCAUAGUCAACUUGCACAGGGGAAUAUUGAACAUUCUUCAGCUCAACCUCAAGAACACUGAGAACAUCUAUGAGACUGAAGAAGCUGGAGUUCAAGGCAUCUGCAAGACUCAAUAUCUGAUCGGUGAAAAUGAAAAGACAAACAAUAUUGACGUCACCAAGUCCAAAGAUCUUACACAUUGCCAUGAGAGGAUAGUAAAGGAUGUUGGCUUGACAUACAUGGAAAACUGCAUUGACUGUCAAGAGGAAGUAAGGAGCCUUUCUGGAGUUGCAACCUACAACUACAUCCUAAAUCAGACUCCCUAUGGUGUUCAGAUCACUGAAGCAAGGGUUCAAGAGAUCCAUCGGUUUCCACUUCUAACUGAGAUCGGGGAUGCUACCCAAAUGGAAAUUAGACAAACCCUGAGUUUUUUAGACAGUAUAGCAACUCACAUAAAUCCAAUCAGCGCUGAAUAUUUAGCACGUGGAUCUUUACAAUAUGAAUUUAGCACAGAGACUCUCUGGAGCAACAUUCAGCCCAUGAGAAUCAGUAAUCCCCAGGCUCAGAUUGUUGAUUCUCUGGAUCAUCUUGCUACAACAAAACUGGAAGAAGUCCAUGGAGAUGUUCCUCUAAAAUUUAUAAGGCUUAUCCAGUUUAUGCGUUUUGGAAGUCUGGAUGAUUUUGAAGGAAUCUGGGCUCAGUUCAAAAACAGACCAAAUUUCAGGAAAUGGAUCCUAGAAGCCGUUCCUUCGGUUGGCUCCUUCGUUGCAUUAAAAUUCAUCAAGAAGACAUUCUUAGCAGGUGAUCUUUCCAUCUUGGAGUUUACUCAGGCCCUUUUGCCCAUGGUGCACACGGUCACUGCUGAUUUGGAUACUGUUAAGAUGUACUCUGGUCUGGUUCUGAGUCAAAAGGUUCAACAAAUACCAGGUGUGCGUGAAUUUGCGAUGCUUGGCUAUGGGACAAUGAUUGCCAGGUACUGUGCUGAAGCUCCUGUAUGCCCAGAGGAACUUUUGAAGCCCAUUCAUGACAUUGCUGCUGAGGUGACUGCUAAGGCUGAUGUUUCCGCAAUGACACUGAUUCUCAAGGUAUUGGGCAAUGCUGGUCAACCUGCUAGCAUUAAACCCAUCGUGAAGAUUCUAUCUACAUCUGCAUUCCCAUUAAAAGUCCAAGUUAAUGCUAUUUUGGCUCUGAAAGUCAUUGCCAAAAAAGAACACAAACAGGUCCAAGGGGUAGUUCUACCGAUCUUUUUGAACAAAGAUCUCCACCCAGAGCUGCGCAUGGUCUCGUGGAUUGCUCUUUUUGAAACGAAGCCAAGCAUCGGUCUGGUGACUACUUUGGCACGUACUUUGCAGGAGGAGACAAAUUUACAGGUGGCCAGCCUUGCAUACUCUCAUAUCAAAGCUUUGGCGAAGAGUGCUUCUCCAGACCUUGCUACAGUUGCUGUGGCCUGCAAUAUUGCUAUCAAGAUGUUAAGUCCAAAACUGGACAAACUCAGCUACCAAUACAGCAAGGCAUUUCUCUUGGAUGGUUAUCAGUAUCCCCUAAUGAUUGGAGCUGCUGGAAGUGCUUUUAUCAUCAACGAUGCCGCCACCAACCUGCCCAGAGCUGUUGUAGCCAAAGUCCGUGCUUACUUGGCUGGAGCUGCAGCUGAUGUCAUUGAGGUUGGUGUCAGAACUGAUGGAGUUCAGGAGGCUCUUUUGAAAUCUCAGUUCCUGAAUGAAGACUGGCGGGUUAAGAUGAAACAAGUACUCAAUGCACUAAAGGGGUUCAAGGCCCUGCCAAACAAGAAGCCCCUGGGCUCGAUCUAUGUGAAAGUCUUUGGACAAGAGAUAGCUUUUUUAGAUGUUGACAAAGCAGUUGUGGAUCAGGCAACACAGUUUGCUUCUAAAGGUUAUCUAUCUGAGCUGGCUGUUGGAGCUCUCAAAGCCUUGCAGAACGGCAUUUUCCUUCAAUAUGCCAAGCCCUUACUGAUAGCAGAAGUGCGUCGAAUCUUCCCAUCAGCAGCCGGUGUGCCCUUGGAGCUCGGUUUGUACACUGCUGCUGUUGUGGCUGCUAAUCUGAAAGUCAAGGCUAUCAUUACACCACCUGUAACUGAGAGCAUCAGUGUGGCCCAUCUGAUGAAGACAGACAUGAAGUUAACUGCUGAGGUUUCACCAAGAGUUGCAUUAGAGACACUUGCUGUCAUGGGAAUGAACACUGGAUUUAUUGGGGCUAAUUUAAUUGCUAGAGGAACAAUCCACACAUUUUUGCCACUGAAAGUGGAGGCAAAGAUUGACAUCCCAAAGGCUAACUUCAAGAUACAGGCCUUUCCUGUUGUGUUUCCGGUGCAUGUUGCAACUGCACGUUUUAAUAUGUCGGCAGCAGCUGGAAACAUUGAGGAGGUUGAUGCUGAAAGGAGUAUACUAGUAGUACCAGAGAGAGUGGUUGUGCAAGAAACUCGUGGCUCUUCAGGUUCUGAUGGAGAUUUGACAUCUGAAACAGAUAGAUCUGGUGUGUUACCUGUUAUGGAAUCUGAAUUGAGGACAAGUGCUCCACUUCAUAAAACUCUAUGCUCUACUUUCCCUCACAUUGGAAUCAAGGCAUGCAUUGAGGUCAUGUCCUGUAAUGCUGCGUUUAUCCAAAACACAGCCCUUUAUAACAUGAUUGGACACCAUGGAGUACAUAUUACAAUAGCUCGAGCCAAUGGUCCUGCUGUUGAGGGUCUAGAGUUUGAAGUCCAAGUGGGCCCGAGAGCAGCUAAGAUGCUCCUUAAAGAGAUCAAUGCUAUUACAGAAACCCCUAAAGUAAGGAGGAGCAUACUGCAGAAACUGUGGGAAAUCCUGGAGAAUGGGCAAAGGAAGAUCAACUCAACCAGGUUCUUCAAUUCUAAAACUUUUUCCUACCCUAAAAGCAGCAGCAGCAGUACUAGCAGUUCUAGUAGAUCUACCAACUCUCAUCUGUCCAAAGAGCUGUCCAAUCGACAAAACAGUGAAAGUUGUAUUAUUAAUUCAAAGGAAUUGGGAAGAUUUCUUGGGGGAUCUGUUCCUCUACUGUUUGCUAUCAUUGCACAAGUUGUACGAGUUGAUCACAAAUUGAUGGGAUACCAGGUUGCUGCUUAUUUGGACAAACCCACCUCGAGAGUGCAGAUCAUUGUGGCCUCCAUCGCAGAGAAGGACAAUUGGAAGAUGAUUGUUGAUGCCGUUCUGCUGAGCAAGUGCAAAGCUGCCGCAAAUAUUGCCUGGGGUGCACAGGGUCAACAAUAUUCAGCAUCCAUCAGAGUAGAGACUGGUCACUCUGAUUCAAGUCCUUUGGCCCAUCUUAUAGUGAAGUAUGGAAAGAUGCCCAGUCUUCUCAUCACCUAUGCCAAGAGGUUGUCCAAUAACAUUCCUGCAGCGGCACAAAUGACUGGAUUUUCCAUUAGCGAUGCGAAAAAUAUUAGAAAACAGUUAGAACUGAUCAUGUUAAUCCAAACCGAAAAAACCCUAGACAUCAUUAUCAAGAUGCCAGCAAUGACCCUGUCAAAGUCAGGCUUGGUUCUACCUAUUGCUUUGCCUUUUACAAGUGAGGCUAUAUAUUCCAGUGAAGAACAAGAUUUCACAGGCAUCAUUUGGAGACUUUAUGUAGUUGCUAGUUCAGCAAAAUGCAGUAUGAUAAGAAACACCUUGACCACAUUUAACAACAAGCAGUACAAAUAUGUUGCUCCACAUUCCUGUUACCAAGUCCUGGCUCAAGAUUGUACUCCAGAGCAUAAAUUCAUGGUCCUAAUGAGAAAGGAUAACGUUUCUGAGCACGGACACCUGAACAUUAAGGUGGCCAGCAUCGAUGUUGAGCUGCUUUACCAAAAGAAUGCAAUAAAGAUUCAGAUUAAUGGAACUGAAAUACACAUCAACCAUCUUUCAUACAAGAACUCAACAGGAAACAUACAGAUUGUAAAGAAAGGUCAAGGUAUCUCACUCCAUGCCCCUGACUAUGGUCUUCAAGAGGUCUUUUAUGCCACUGGCCAGUGGAGGAUUUUUGUUGCAGAUUGGAUGAGGGGACAGACUUGUGGUCUUUGUGGAAAGGCAGAUGGAGAAAUAAAACAGGAAUACCGCACACCCACUGGCUAUCUGACAAAAAGCCCAAUGAGCUUUGCCCAUUCAUGGGUACUCACUGCUGAAAGCUGUCUUGCUACUCGCCAGUGUCACAUGAGACUAGAAACUGUGAAACUCGAGAGGCAGAUGAUGGAUGGAUAUAAUUCCAAAUGUGACUUUGUUGAACCUGUGUUGCGCUGUCUGCCCGGCUGUACACCAGUUAGAAGCCGCCAUAUCACUCUUAGAUACAACUGCAUGACAUCUUGCUCCAGCUUGAAUCAUCCUGAAUCCAAACAUGAUAAUGAAGAUCUAAAGGAAACCGAGGCUCACGUGGCCUGCCGUUGCACUAAAGGCUGUGUCUAAACUGCAAUUAUGUCAGUUUCUGAAAGCAUAUUUGAGGGUUUUCUUUAUAAGGCAAUAUAACGUGUAAUAAA